AUGAAGUCAACUGAAAUCAAGAACCCACCAGCUGCUCCAGCUUCACAUCAACCUCCUAUCAUCAAGAUCACCAAUCCCCCGUUGGCUCCAGGAUUACAAGGUGAAUCUCCCAUCAGAACGACUGAUGUUGUCACACCAGUGAUGAAGUUGACUGAAAUCAAGAACCCACCACCAGCUCCAGCUUCACCUCGACCUCCUAUCAUCAAGAUCACCAAUCCCUCCUUGGCUCCAGGAUCACAAGGUGAAUCUCCCAUCACAUCCACUGAUGUUGUCAUGCCGCUUCACCUGGAGGUCAACCUCCCAUUGCCUCAUCUGCCACUGCUUCAGGACUCCCUCAAGGUCAACCUCCUAUUAAUUCUACCUCUGGCACAGGAUCACCACAAGAUCAAUCACAAGUUUGGUCCUGAUGUCAAUGUCAUGGUGGUUACUGAGCUGGGUGUGGCACCAGAAGUUAUGACUGCUGGCUCUUCAAUCAUCAUGUCUGAAGUCUCCAAGACUUACCCCAAACCCACCUCACCAACUCCACCUCACAAUCUCUGGAUGGUGUCCAACUCACCUUUGUUUGACCUCACAGCCACCUUGCUUCAAUUCAACCAAAUUGCUGUAGAUGAUGUCCCCCGGGUCUACAGAUCUAUGAUCAGCCUGCUUCUGCACCAACAUCAGGGCCAGGAGCUGCCUUCACAGCCCCCUCUUCACACAACUGAAGAACAUUUCACACCCAAACCAAAUCUUUGA